AUAUCGUUCGCCGUUAGUUAGGCUCGGCUCUAAAACGGAAGAUCAAUCGGGAGUCCACGUCGAUGCCGGGAGGACUUCUGCUUCUCCCGAGGUUCGAUUGUUCGUUGUGAUCUGUUUCAUGGAUCAAAUCGGAACAAGAGGCUGAAGAUAUGGGAGUCAAAGAAUCAGUGAAGGUUGCUACUAGUACUAGCAAUGGCUUCUUCUCCAUCUGGAUUCUUAUGUUCCUUGUGCUCUCUGUUACGCCACUCGUGUUUUCGCGCACGCUCCCGGAGGAUCCGGAUCCGGAUCCGUGUGAUGCAAUGAAACUGAGAGACUUUGAGAAACUCAGAUCGGAUCAGAUCGCCGUCCUAAUCAACGGUUACUCUGAGUCCCGUAUUCCUCUUCUGCAAUCCAUCGUAGCCGCGUAUUCAGGAUCCUCAAUCGUCUCAUCAAUCUUAGUCCUCUGGGGAAACCCUACCACACCUGCUCAGCUACUUGACCACUUAUACCACAAUCUGACCCGUUACUCGCUUGGCACCGCUUCCAUCUCUCUUAUCCAGCAAUCGUCUAGCAGCCUCAACGCCAGGUUCCUCCCUCGCCCUUCCGUAGACACUCGUGCUGUUUUGAUAUGCGAUGAUGACGUGGAGGUGGACAACAAGUCGCUGGAGUUCGCGUUUUCCGUGUGGAAGUCGAACCCUGAUCGUCUUGUAGGAAUGUUUGUGAGAUCGCACGGUUUUGACUUGCAGGGGAAAGACUGGAUCUACACUGUUCACCCGGACAAGUACUCCAUCGUCCUCACCAAGUUCAUGAUGAUGAAACAAGAUUAUCUCUUCGAGUAUAGCUGCAAUGGAGGUGUGGAGAUGGAGGAGAUGAGGGGGAUUGUGGACACGAUGCGUAACUGCGAGGAUAUACUGAUGAAUUUUGUAGCUGCGGACAAGUUUAGAGCAGGUCCAGUCAUGGUGGGAGCAGAGAGAGUUAGGGAUUGGGGAGAUGCGCGUAACGAAGAAGAACAAGAGCAAGUGGAGAAUGGGGUGAGAGAAGCUGGGUUGAGCAGUAGAAGAGUGGAACACAGGAAGAGGAGAGGCAAGUGCAUUAGGGAGUUUCACAGAGUUAUGGGGAAGAUGCCGUUGAUGUAUAGUUAUGGUAAGGUUGUUAACUCUGUUGGGGAACAAGGGCUGUGUCGUAAAUCCGGAAAGCUUGUCUUUUGUGACCGAGAUUGAACCAACCCCUAUAGCAACUUGCUAUCGAUAAGCAACCUGUAAACCAAAUGCUUCAAAUAGUGUAUUUUUUUCGACUUGGACAAAGAUAUGUAACCACUAAACCAACGUUUAUAAAAUAAUGCGUAUAUUUAGCGA